AUGACCUUGAUCAUCAAGCCAUUUAUCAGAGAAGAUGAGAAUGCUGAGAGAUAUGUUCCUAUCUUCUCCCAGAUCAUCAAAAGUACUGGCAAGCAAUUUGAAAGCAAUAUCAUGGAACACAUUCUUCAAUACCGUGAGCUGGAGGCAACUGAACUUCAAUUGAUCAAGUUGGUUAAGAUUGCAGAAGAUUGGCUGACUCAAUAUGCAAGGAUUGAAGUUGCUGAAGUGCCUGCUAACCUCAGAGCCAGCUUGAUGCUUUAUGAGGGAGUGGAGGUCAAUCAAGUUGCCCAGAACACAACUUUUUCUAUGAGAGAAAAUGUCAGCGUGUUGAGCAAGGAACUGAAAAAGCUCCUGUGCUUCCUCUGGAGACAUGAUUGUGUUGGAACUGGUAUCAUUGUCAAGACAAGACAAGAGCUCUCUGAUCUUCUGGAGCUCAGUGAGUCUUCUACUCAGAUCAUUGAAGGUGGUCUGAUAGGCAAGCUUCUGGUUGAUAUCUUACUGGAAAAUCCUGCCAGCACAAGUCAAUGUCCAUUGGGCUGUGUCUAUGCUGCAGCUAGAUGCUUCUUCAUUUCCAAGGACCAGCUUGUGUUGAGAUCAGCUGAUGCAUCUGCUUCCCAAGUUGCCACCAUAAUGCACUUGUUCAGACUGGCCUACUGUUCUGUUGUGGGGACUGUGAGCCAUCCUCUUGGUUACAUAGAAGGAGCAAAAGUUCUGGUGAAAACUAUUAUGGAGAGGCCCACCAUGAACACCCUUGGACCCAUGAUCAGGCAUCUCAGAGAGAUCCAGAUGCAGAAACCCAAGAUUGUUGACAGGUAUUUCUCUAGAAAUGGAGAGAUUGUGGUGCAAGGGCUCAUCUUCAAGCCAGAAAUUUGGAAGACUCUCAUUCCAAGGGUUGUUAGUGCUGCCAGACUUGUUCUCAGUCAGAUCUUUGAUGGAAAGGAUUGGGAAGUCUUUUUGACCACAACUCUGCCUUUGCUCAAUGUUGGAAUAUCAGGUGGAGCUGAUGAGGGAGUUCAGUUUCAAGUUCAACAAGCUGGUGGAGAUGUGUUCAGUGAAUCUUUGAAGCUGUCUCCUCAGCUCAAUGAAAUGGAUCAAGACCAUCUGUCAUCCAUUGUGGAGUUCUGUUUGCAUGGUCUGGGUCUUGGCAGUAUGAGGUAUUCAGAAACUUUAGGCCUACAAGAUUUUCAAGUUCUCUGGGGGGAUGGUGCUUUGUACUUCUAUGCCAAAUCUACAAAGAAGUGGAAGGCCCAGUCAAAACUCAGUACUGAGCUUACCCAGCACAAGCUUCCAAAGUCAAUUUCAAGGAUUGUACUGCUCUUCAGACUUGUCAUUUCAUUGAGAGGAGGGGAUUUGUCAAGCUUUGUACCAGUAAGAAGUGACAGGAAGUACCUCAUGAAAGACUUUGUGCAGUCUCUAUUUUGUCUUCCCAGAGCACCUGAUGAUCUUCAAGUCAGGCAUUUCUUUGCAAGUCUGUCCAACUAUUUGUUCCCUAUGCAAGAUGAUGGGAAGGCCACCACUUCUGACAUGGUUGCCAUGCAGAGUCAUCAUGCUCCUUCUACUCAUGCCAGUACCUACUUUACUCAUAGAAAGGCUCAUCUUGAGGACUACUAUGAUGCCUACCACUUUCAUCUUGGAGACAAGGAUACUCAGUGGACCUUUGAUAUUCCCCUGGAUGUUCUGCCUGAGAAUACCAUUGUUGCUGCUCUCAAAAUCUUGUAUGGUGGAGAAGCAAAUUGGCUGUCUGAGACUCAGAGGAGUAUGGUUCUGACAUGGUCCACUUUGUCCAAGAAUGUGAUAGCCAAUCUACCUUGUGGAGGAGGGAAGUCUGCUGUGUGGGAGGUGACAGCCUAUGCCAGACAUAGAGUUGGUUUGACAAGGAAGUGUGCUGUUGUGGUGGUUCCCUACAAGUUUCUAGCCUACAAUCACUACCAUUCUGCCAAGUCCAAAUUUGAACUAUUAGAUGGUGUCAGUGUUGAUAUGUUGGAGAGUUCUGCUGUUUGUUCCAAUCAAGUUCCAACCAUUCUAAAGUCAGAUGUUCUUCCACACAUUCUAUUCCUCACAGUUGAUGCACUGGCUAAAUUGUUGGAAUUCCAUCUUCCCAUAGUGCAAAGUAUGCAAUCAAGAUUGGCUGGUUUUGUCAUUGAUGAGUGUCACUGUCCAUAUACAGAAACAUUCAGACCAGUAUUUGACUGUUUGCAGGACCUUACAAUGUUUGGUGUUCCCAUUUGUGCUCUGAGUGGUACACUUCCAUCUACCUUUCCUUCUUCUCUGAUGAAGUACUAUGGAGUAUCUGCCUUUGAGACUGUGGCAGAUAGUGAUUGCAUUGGUGAUGGCUUCUCCCUGUCAAUCAAGCAGUGUCAUGAUGAAGUUGCUGCAGUGACUAGGAAGGUGGUGCAGGAGAGGAAUCAGAAUUCAAGAAGUGCAAUUCAUAUCAUUGCAGCAUCUGCCAGAGUUGCAGAGCUUCUUUUCCAGCAGCUGUGUUCCAAGAGUUUUCAGUGUCUGCUUGUGACUUCCCUAAGGGGAGGGAGAACCCAGAGUAGUACUUUCCUACAAUAA